AAGACAGCCACACUACCUUUCUCGACAUCAUGGUUGCCAAGAAACCCCAAAGCAAGCGUAUCAAAGCCGCACAUCGUUAUAAGAUCAUCAAGCGAGUAAAGGAACAUCACAGAAAAGAAAAGAAGUUGGCAAAGAAGAAUCCCAAGAGUAACAGAACAAAGAAGGAUCCUGGAAUCCCCAACUCAUGGCCUUUUAAGGAAGAAUUGCUGAAUGAAAUCGAACAGGCCAAGCAAGAGGCUGAAGCCGAAAAGCAAAAGAUUAAGCUUGCCCGUCAGGAAGAAAAGGCUAAAUUGAAGUUGAAGCAGCAAAAGGAAAAAGAGAAGGUUAAGCAGCAUCAUCUGCGUCAGGCAAAGAAGAAGGCAGCGGAAUAAACUCCCUUCUUUAUACUCUCCCUCCACCUCUAUCUCGCUCGUUCACUCGUUCGUUCGUUCGCUCGCUCGCUUUCUCCAUCUAUCUAUCUACAAUUACUUUCUUUUUAGUAUUUUUUUUAUAUUAUUCUCUUGCUUUCUAUCAAUGAUCCGUGUACAGACCCCUUACCCAUCUACCAAAAUGACCGCAUCUUUCCAAAUAUCAACAAAAAAUGUAUCAC